CAAAGAACCACAGCGAGAUGUAUCUGCAUCCUUUGAUUCUUUUCAGGAGUUGGUUCUAUUACGGUUUCAGCCGUAUACCAUAGUACGUUGCCAUACGCGAAAGCCCAGCUGCGCGCAGGCCGGAACAAAUUUGGUGGUUGUUUCCGGACUGUUCUACCAUAGUACCAGCCGGCGGUUUUGCAACAUCACGAGCUCACGGUCUGCCUCAGCUUGAUUGACUGAUUGAGUGAUUGGUUGGUUGGCCGAUCUCUGAAGACUUACAGUACUACCUCCCACGCCCUCUUCGACCCGACGCAGUACUGUAUCCUCAUCCAUCUGAGUGAACUCGCACACCAACCGUGGUCCGACGUGGCCGUUAUUCCUUUUGCGUAGGACACUGGGGGGAGUCAUGAAGUACGCAACGACCUUCGCGACCAUCUUUGCGGCCGGCGUUGUUCUACAUCUUUUCUUCGCAUUGUCCACGGGGCGAAUUGCGGGCACUUCGAAGCUCGAAGCUGGUCGAUCAUCGUCGAACACAGCAACCAGCUAUGUCCCUCCCACGAGUAGCAAAGCAGCGGGCAAUCUGAACGACGUCUACAAUCGAACCCUCGGCUUUCAAGAGAUUUUUGUGGUGUCUCUGCCCGAACGCAGUGACCGUAGAGACGCAUUCCGGCUUCAAGCGUCCGUGACCGAUAUAUCCUACACCUUCACGAAUGCCGUCCUCGGAAAGAACGUCCCUACAAAGGCGCAGCCGUGGGGCAUGCACCGAGAACCGGCAGAGGUCGGGUGCUGGCGGUCACAUCUCAAUAUAAUGCAGUACAUGGUGCAACAUCGCAUUCAAACGGCAUUGAUCUUCGAGGACGACGCCGACUGGGAGGUCGCCCUCAAAGCACAGCUGUUCCAGGCCGCUCGUGGGGCUCGUUGGCUGCUUGACGACACCGAGGACAAGCCAUCUCACUCGCCAUACGGUGACGGAUGGGAUGUUCUCUGGCUCGGCCAUUCCGGGGUAACCAGCAUAGAAACAGAGAGACGCCGUUGGGUCGUCGCGAGGGAUCCUACCGUCACCCCACCCAAGACCAGAACGACAUGGUUCGAGCCCAAGAUGGAGACUUGGGAGGUCGGCCCUGCUCCCGACACACAGACGCGCAUUUACUUUGUUUCGGGUCUUGGGUAUGGCAGUUCGGCCUGGGCACUCACCCUGGCGGGCGCGGAAAAGGUCCUCUACGAGCUGAGCCUCAAUCCUUUCAACGAUCCGAUCGACUCUGGCAUGGGUAAAUUAUGCGCCGAGCACAAGUCCAACCUCACCUGCAUUGCACCCUUUCCAGCCGUCGUGGGCAUCUCGAAGCCAGCAGGCCCUCUCAGCCGUGGUAGUGACAUCCUCUCCGGCCUCGACAAGGGAGGAGAAGUCCGGAAAAAGCCAGGGUCUGAGCGGACCGUCUUCUCUACCCGGCUGAAUAUGCGUCGAAUCCUCAACGGCUCAACCGAGUAUGAGAGCCAAUAUCCAGCCAUCACCGGGAAGUAUAUGACCCUCGAGCAGAUCGGCAGAGCAGUCGGUCAUGGCGAAGUGCUGCCUCCGAUAUGAGAGGCACGAGGCAAAUAUGUCGAGCAACGAAAAGCCUACUAUGCCGCAAGGGUUGUGCAGUAGCUGCCGAAUGUGAAGGCCUAGAUUGGAUCCGACUAUUUCGCACCUGAAUUUCCCCUGGUCAGAGAGUGUACCACAUGUGCAGGCCUUGCACACGUUUCCGUGUCACUGUCGGAGGGCAAGCUCCCUUUUCCCUCCUUCGGAGUCCAGAUGAUCGGUCAUGUCAAGCCUCAUGGAAGGUGGCUGGUGUUUGUCAAUGGUAUCAAGACCAGUCGCACCUGCUGGUGCCGAGAAUCUUGGGCCUGAUGAGUCAAAGGUCUGCUAUGAGACGAUACACAGUUUUGGUACGGGAACCGCUGGCUGUCCGGCAUGCUGGACAUCCCUCUGGAAGAUUUGAAUAUGAUGAUCCCGUAUGUCCGCUCGGCGACGGAAGAGUACUGUGCUCUAAAAUGUCAGCGAGGCUCCAUCAAGGACGGGUCGUCGACUACUUGCCGGAGUCAAUAAUGGAACAAGGAGGAGAUGUAAGAAAUUGGGGCUGACUAGUACAACGCAAACUCUGGCCCGCAUGGUUGAUCAGCAAUCAUAUCAGACCUGGCUGAUUUCAGAAAACUAUGGCUCCCAUGGUAUAUCCUAUCUAUCUCUAUACCUACAACGCCAGACAGAGGACGUCGUGCGUGGCAUUCUCAAUAAUCAAACGUGACUUUGUACAUGUUGAACUCCCAAUUCGGACCCAGAGAGAAGUACCAGGACUUGUGACUCUUCCCACUGGGAGAAUACUCGGGAUGCAUCAUCAUACCGUAACUUCCGGAGAAGUUGCCACCACCUGCAAUCUGAUAUGAACCUCUCCAGGGUCCCCAGGGGGUGUUCGAGGUGUACAUGUCAACGGUCUCGGAAUAAUGACCGCACAGCAUGAUAUAUUUGUUCAGAUAGUUGUUGUAGACGACGGAGCCCCAGACGCCACACAAGUCGGCCUCUUCAUUGUUCUCAAUCAUUGCGCCGACUUCCUUGGUGGUGUUGGAGGGAAUGCCUGAGAUCCACGUAUCGUUGGUGCCAAACUUCAAAAAUUCGUACUUGUCAGCAUCGAACACGUCGUCAGAGGCGUUGACACGGCCAACGGUGGUAUGGGACGGCCCGCCACCCGAAUAGACAUAAAUAUAGU